CUUCACGCGGCGCUCAUCUCUCCUCCGUGGCAUCCCUGUUUCCCCUCAAGUCCUCAAAUGUGAGACUCUGACCGUCGGCAGAAACAGAGAGUGUGGAGGCCCGCUUCACGUUAACGGCACAACUUAACAUGAGCAUGAAGAGGUAAAAUAACGACCCGUUAAAGUCCCAGUUAAGUUAAAUGGAAGUGGAGUGAUCAUGUUUGCUGUUGACUGAAGUCCACUCCAAGAAGCAAAAUGAAGAGGAGGCUGCUUCGGGGCUUCCUGUCGGAAGUUUCCAUCCGGCUGGCGCUGUUGCUCGUGUUCCUUGUGACGGAGCAGCUUUCUCCUUUCUACCGGGAGAUCCAGCCAGAGGAGAUGUGGUUGUAUAAGUUCCAUCGUGUGGAGAGAGACCACGUGCCCACCACUCUUAUGUUUAGUGUGGCGGUUUUCACCCCGCUGAUUGUCAUCCUGGUCUUCACCUUCCUGAAGACGACGGAGCGAGGAGAUCUGAAGGAGGCCUCGCUGGCUGUGACUUUGACUCUGGUGCUGAACGGAGUCUUCACCAACGUCAUCAAACUCGUUGUUGGCAGGCCACGGCCCGACUUCUUCUAUCGCUGUUUCCCAGACGGUCAGAUGAACCUGGAGUUGCGCUGCAGCGGUGACCCAGAUGUUGUCAUGGAGGGCAGGAAGAGCUUUCCCAGCGGGCACUCUUCCUUUGCCUUUGCGGGUUUGGGUUUCACGGCGCUGUACGUCGCGGGAAAGCUGCGCUGCUUCAGCACAGCGGGCCAAGGCAGAGCGUGGCGGCUGUGUGCCUUUCUCACGCCUCUACUCAUCGCUACAGUGAUCGCCCUCUCCAGAACCUGCGACUACAAACACCACUGGCAAGACGUGUUGGUGGGUUCUCUGCUGGGCCUCCUCUUCGCCUGGUUGUGUUACCGUCAGCACUACCCUUCUCUUCGGGACGCCGACUGCCACAGACCGCUGCGUCACAGAGAGGCUGUUCCCGCCGCGCAGGAGCGCAAGCUGGCCAACUCCAACUACAUCCUGCCCCUUUAGAGCAGCCGCACGCGUUACUGGUGUCAUUCACACCGGGUUACCUGGUAAACCUUAUCGUUACAUCCUAUCACCUUGCGGCCGGCCAGUUCACCAAUAUUUAUUGUUUGUCGUCCGUCAUUCUAACUGUAUCGUGGGGAUGUGUGAAACACUUGAGAGUUGCUGUAAAAAAACACCCCCAGUUUAACAAUUCCAUAAACAACAGACGUCAUAUUCCAUAUAAAAGUUGUUAGCAUUGGAGGGCCUGGUGAAUAAGAUGACGUUUUAUUAUGUUGAUGUCCGUGCGUUGAUGUUCGUUCCAGACCUUUCGGGGGAAACAAUAUAUGGAGAAGAGAAUCGGAGCUCAACCUGUUGCCGAAAAAUGAUUUGGCGAUUAAUCGAUAAUGCUUUUGAUAAUUGAUCGAUCUUUUAUGUUCUUCUAUUCUUUUUAUUUAUCGACCAAUGACGUUUUGUUUUUUGAAAUAAUUUACUGACAUUUAACGGACUAAAUAAUUAAGUAAUCAAUGAAUUUAACACAUAAUUGAGAUAUUGGAUAACGAAAAUAAUUGUGAUUUUAGUCUAAGCUUAAAAAGAUCCACUUGUUAAUGACUGAGAGCUUCCAACUGCAUCUCCAAGUCUUCUUCAGCAGAUGGAGCUGUUUCAGGUGGGAUCACAAGACCUGAAUGUGAAACUUUGUGUAAUUUUAAAUCAUGAAUUGUACUUUCAUAUCUUAAAAAAAAAAAAAAAAGCCUCCGUAUUUUACUAAACCAGCUGGGCACUGUAGUUUUGAGUAAACAUAAUGCAACCAGGAGUAAAUAGGGCAUUUGUUGGGGACUAUUUUCAGCUGCGGAGUAAUAUACAUUUACAUUAACAAUGGAGGUCUACGGCACCGAUGAAUAAGACAUGUCAGGCUUUGUUCGAAAGAUCAAUUCAUUGUUGGUUUGUUUUUUGACUUGUUGACAAAAAUACUUCCUAUUACCAGAAUGUUUGGUGAAAUCUAAAUACACGCUACAUAUCAACAUAAGGCCGGCGCCUCUCUCAAAGCACCUCGAUGUGUUGAGCAGGUUGAUCAAAACCACGCGGUCAGCUUCAUAUCUUUGAUCUGCACAUCGCUCUACUGUCUCCAUCUGGAGGGCUUUGAAUCUGUCGUCCUAUAUUAUAUUCUGAAUGUUUCCAUGCACAGAUUGUUUGAUUAAUAUCUGGACAGGGUUCACAUGCUCAGCCCUCAGUAUAUCGCGCCGAUGUAGCAGCUCCUCCCAUCUCCCCUCACGGUUUCUGCGUUGCUUUGCUGCACUUUCGUUGUGAUAAACGAGAACAAUGAUCCCACCUUUGCUCUGACCGGACAGCACGUCUGCUACCAUCAUACCGUCAGCCAAUAUGACUGGAAAAGAAGAGGGGGGGGGGGGUCUUUCUGAUGAACCUGAGUGAGGUCAGACUGGAACCUCUCCAGGUGAUGGUGCUAGCCUCUCAGUGCUCCUGCUGGUCAGGUUUUCUAUCCUGUUCAUUUUAUUGGCUCGUAAAGUUUCCUGGUAGUUUUCAUCAACUUUCAUUUAAGGCAGCGAACACCUGUAAUUCAGUUCUGAUUUUAUGUUAACUUUUUUUCUUUUUAUGGUCUUUCUGUUUAAUUUUUUUUUCCUCCUGAUUUUUCUUUCUGUUGUGUUCGUUAGGUUGGUUUUCAAUUGGGAAAGAAAACAUCAACAUAUCCCGCAGACAUGACUCUUUUUGCAGGGUCUGAGCUCUUGUGCUCGUCGCUGUGAGUCGGGCUGAGAGCAGUUGAUCACAGUGGUUUCAGACCAAACAGAUGACCAUGUGCCUUUGUUUACUACAUGACUUUGUUAAGGAAUGAAGUGUGGACUGCAUGUUACGGGGUAAGCUCUCUGUCGCGUUGCGGACACAACUUUUGUUUUUAAUCUUUACUUUUUUUUUUUUUUUUUUUUUUUCCAGUUGGGAAGCUAUGACAUGAUGUUUAAAUGUGGCAUGCUGCCUUUCUUUACCUCAGAAAAAACCUGUACUUUCCAUAAAUGUUAGAGUCGAUGGAGUCAAAUGUGAAGAUUUAAAGAGUGUAAAAAAAAAUCAAACAUUUUUACAAACUGAGACAACUAAUAUCUGAAUUGAGUUGCUCGAUCUUACUGAUAUUUAUGACAUGAUGUACAGGUCUAAGUGUAUUUAGUCUUGGGGCAUGUAGGAGUUUACUUGAAUUUUGAAUAUUCCUUUGUUUAUAUUAAAUGUGAUCAUGUUAUUUAAUGAAAAACAGAAUCAUAUUCGUGGGCACUUGGCUUUCUAGAGGCCUCUUUCAGACAAAUUCCAUUAGAAAAAUCCUGCAUGUUUUACAGCUCAAUAGCAACAUAUUUUCUUCAUGACCUUCUUCCAAUUCCCCACAUUUCCAUCUGUUUCUAUUGAUUUGAUGUGUUUUCAGUUUAUGAAUACUGCAUCAGGUUGUUAAUUAUGUCUGGACUCCUUCAGAGCUUCUGUUGGUGACGAGGGAUGAUGCUAAAACUCGCCCGUUUGCUUCAUUUACAUCACGCUCAUCAUGAUUUGCCUUGGCUUGUAGCACCAUAUAGCAGCCGCUCGUGCUGAAACCGUAUCCUGAUUGUACAUGUUGUGAUGCUUUUAAUGACUCUUUUGGUGACACUAAAACGAUGUUUCUAAAUAAUCUUGCAAUA